CGACAUUUUAUCGAGGCUCCUAUUGAAAUUUAAUAACAUAAAAACCGCGUGAAAUUUCGCAGAAUUAUUUUAAAUUGCUUGAUAUUAGAGUUAGUGAAGGCCUGGACCAUCGAUAAACCAAAAAAAUUCCUCGUAAAUUGUGUUAAAUUCGCAUAAAUAUCGCCAAAAAUUGUAGCGCAUCAAAUGUUUUGUUAGAGAGGAACGAUUUCUUGUUGAGGACUGAAAAUUUGUUUGUUUUUUCCGGCGAGCUUGAUUAAUGCUUCAGGAUGCGACGGACUCGUGGGCAACAAAACCAGAGUCCUGAAUUUCUGGAAUUAAAGAACUUUGUGUUGUAUUUUCGCGUUCAGGAGCUCCAAAUCCUGCUCCAGUAUGCAAACAUCAAUCGUGUCGGCAAAAAAAUCGAUCUCCAGAGCCGAGCUUUGGACUUGCUGAAGACCCGCAUGAACGACGUCAAAGACAAGGUGCGCGAAAUUUACGAAGCAGCAAAGACCGGAGCUCUAGUCUCGGCCGAACCAUGCUUACCUCCUCUCACAUCGCCAUCUCCAACGCCUCCCACAACGACCGCAACUCACACGAGCAGUCGUUCGACGCGAAAUAGCGCUCCAACAGCGACAGUAGCUGCUCAACCCUCGGCUCCCGUCGUCUCUCAAUCUGUGGCACCUUCGAGACAACAAAAUACCGCCGUCGUCGCUCCCACAAUCGCCGAACACUACGGUCGCCAAAUGGCUCAUCCUGCUCCGGCAAUCAUGUAUCCGCGAAACUUUUCCGGGUACCCCAAUUGUCCCGAUGUGCGAUUAAAAAAUUUGGCUUUUUACGAUGUGCUUGGCACUCUUUUGCGUCCCUCGACGUUGUUGCCGUCGUCAUCGUUGCGCAGUCAGGAGAUUUCCUUCCCGCUUCACUUGACACCAUCACAAAUCACGGAAAUUUUGAGUAAUCGCGAUUAUCGGAACGACAACGAGACACUUAUCCAGGUCCAAUUGCGAUUUUGUCUCAUGGAAACGAGUUGCGAACAAGAAGAUUAUUUUCCGCCCGGCAUCAAUGUUCGUGUGAACAACAAACCGGUGACACUGCCAAACCCAAUUCCGACAAAUAAGCCAGGCGUCGAGCCAAAAAGACCUCCGAGACCCGUCAACAUCACGCAAUAUGUGCGACUUUCGGCAACAGUCACGAACACGAUUCACAUUCAGUGGUGCACGGAAUACAAUCGGGGAUUUGUGGCGGCUUGUUAUCUCGUGAGGAAACUCACUUCGUCAGAUUUGCUGAGUCGUCUCAAGGUUAAGGGACCAAAGCCGUCGGAUUAUACGCGGGGACUUAUCAAAGAAAAAUUAAAGGAAGAUGCUGACUGCGAAAUUGCCACAACCCUCUUGAAAGUCUCUCUGAUCUGUCCUUUGGGCAAAAUGCGGAUGACAACGCCGUGUCGCGCAUCAACCUGCAGCCACUUACAAUGCUUCGACGCCUCUCUCUACUUGCUCAUGAACGAGAAAAAGCCCACGUGGAAUUGCCCGGUGUGCGACAAGAAGGCAUUUUACGAAAAUCUCGUGAUUGACGGAUAUUUCCAGCAAGUUUUGGAGUCGAGUUUCCUCUCGCUUGAAGACUCGGAGAUCCAAUUGCACAGCGACGGGUCUUGGAGCACCCAUAAAGGAACUUGUGACACUUUGACUCUCGAUACGCCCAUGAAACCGUCGAAAAUUGAGGUCAUUAAUGAUGACUUAGAAGUGAUUGCCAUGGAACCACCAAAGACAGGAAUAAAGAUUUUCAGCAGCGGAAAAGCUGAUCAAAGUCGAAAACGAGCAAAUGAAACAACUGUCGAUUUAACCCUCAGUGAUAGCGAAGAAGACGACGACAUUCCAUUAAAACGUCUCAUGACGAAGGAGCCUGAGACAGCACGUCAACUUUUUGAUGACAAAAGUACAGACUCCCGAACCAAUGGCCAGGCAUCCGUUAUCAUGUCAGCACGCUCCAACGAGCCCAUCUCCUCAUCGACUGAUUUUGAAACUGUUUCUUCGAGCCGCAAAAGUGACGAAGUCGAUAACGUAUUAUUUCCCUCUGAGCUGCCCGAUCAAGUUGCUGACUCGGAAAAUGGAAUGUUCGAUGACGAUCCUCUUGGCGGUCCGUACAACGGAAAUCACAUGAACGUGGAUUUCGAGAAAUUUCUCGCGCCACAAAAAAUUCCACAGAUAAUUCCUCAUAGAGGAAGCUCCUCGAGCAGUUCUUCGGAUGAAGAUUGAGACGAAAUCUCGAAUAAAAAAUUCAAUUGUAACAUAAAUUAGUCGCUAAAUGUCUAGAGUAUUAAUUUUUUUAAGUAUUUCCCUUUCGGAUAGCGAACAAUAUAUUAUUUAUAUUAUUAUGUUAAAUAUUUUUCAUUAUUUUUUUUUUGAAUAUUUUCUUUGUAAUUUGACGUUAAGUUAGU